CAGGUCCCCCCUCUCCUCCUCGCGCACACUGCUCGCCGCUAUGGCCACAGUUGCGAGCGAAGACGCUCCUCACGCUGCCGGCGACUCCGGUGCGCUCCUCUCGCCACCAGACACGGCACGCUUUGGCGAUGCUUCGCCGUCGCUACGGGACAGUAUGCAGGGCUCGUUUACCGGAGCGAUGCCUGCGACACCGGAUCUGUCGCGCCCGUUCUUGACCCCAGGCGCGUCCAACGAGAAGAUUCUCGGGAUUGGAGAUCAAGAGGCGCCACCUCCGGCGCGGCGGCGCCGUUGGCCUUUGGUUGCCGCUGCAGUUGCCAUUGCCGUAGUCGUCAUCGUUCUGGCCGUGGUUCUCCCGGUGACGCUUGUGCACCAUCACAAAAAGGGCAGCAGCGCCGCCAGCGCGAGCGGAGGGGCUGCGGCGGCUGGACCUUCGUCUAACCCAGAAUCCCCAACUGGUGCAGUCACAGGAGGGAAUGGCUCCCUUAUUACGACUGAAAACGGCACGACGUUCACCUACAUCAACACCUUCGGUGGCACAUGGGUGGAUGAUCCCAGAGAUCCCUUCAACAACAGCGCGCGUGCACAGUCGUUCGUCCCUGCGUUGGACGAAGAGUGGGUAUGGGGUCAGGACCUCAUUCGCGGCGUUAACCUUGGCGGAUGGCUUAUUACCGAGCCUUUCAUUGUCCCUGCGCUUUACGAGAAGUAUCAAAAUGCCACGCCACCGGCGGUGGAUGAAUGGACACUCAGCGAAGCCAUGUUGAACGACACAGGGCCUGGCGGAGGUAUUCAGCAACUCGAGCAACAUUACCAGACCUUCAUUACCGAGCAAGAUUUCGCCCAGAUCGCUGGUGCAGGUCUCAACUGGGUACGCCUGCCCGUUCCGUACUGGGCUGUUGAGACCUGGCCUGGAGAGCCGUUCCUGGCGAAGACCGCCUGGACUUACGCUUUGAAAGCACUCAAGUGGGCACGCAAGUAUGGCCUUCGCGUUCUGCUGGAGCUUCAUACUGCACCUGGUUCUCAGAACGGCCUGAAUCACUCCGGCCGCUUGGGUCCUAUCAACUUCCUCAACGGCCCCAUGGGUAUCGCCAACGCUCAGCGCACCACCGAGUAUAUUCGUGUCCUCACUGAGUUCAUCUCCCAGCCCGAGUAUCGCCCUGUCGUCCAGGCAUUCGGUCCUAUCAAUGAGCCUCUCAUGGGCAUUAUUGGACGAGACGUGCUUGAUAGCUUCUACCUAGAAACGUAUGAGCUUAUGCGCAACAUCACAGGAAUCGGCAAUGGCCCGUAUAUCGUGCUUCACGAUGGCUUCCUGGGUCUGACUCCAUGGAAGGGCUUCAUGGAAGGCGCAUACGGCAUGGUUCUUGACACGCACCCCUACGUCGCAUUCGGCGGCGGUCUUAACCAGCCCCUCGACUACUGGCCUCCUGCUGCAUGCCGCGCCUUCCAGACGAACCAGUCCAACUUCGAUUUUGGGCCGACCAUUACUGGCGAGUUUAGCGCGGCCGUCAAUGAUUGCGGCAAGUGGCUCAAGGGCGUCGGCGAUAACGCGAGCUACCCAGACUGCGACCCCUGGGAUGACUGGCCGACGUGGACAGACGACAUGAAGUCGGGCAUCAAGUCGUUCGUUAUGGCAAGCAUGGACGCGAUGCACAUGCCAGGCUACUUUUUCUGGACCUGGAAGAUCGGCAACUCCUCGGUGACGGGAAUCCCCACCUCACCAAUGUGGUCAUACCAGCUCGGCCUCGCGAACGGCUGGAUGCCGACUGACCCGCGUGACGCUGUCGGCACCUGUGACACCCUGGGUGUGCAGUUCAACCAACCCUUCCCAGGCGACUACCCUAGCUGGCAGACUGGUGGCUCCGGCGCGGGGGACAUCUUCCCGAACGCGACCGUGUCGAUCGAAGCGUAUCCGCCAACGCUCUCCAAUGCAGGCAGCGCAAACCCGACGCUCCUUCCACACUACACCGAUGUCUCGGCGAAUCCGACGCUUCCGCCCGCGACAUUCAGCGGUGCUACAACUAGUGGCGGAGACGGCUGGGCGGACCCGCAGGACACUGCGCUUGCACCUGCGCCCGUUCCAGGAUGCUCGUAUCCUGAUGCCUGGCUUGCACCCAACACCGCGACCUCCUUCGUCUGUGGUGUGGCCGCUAUUGCGACACCGACUGCUUGAAAAUAGAGGAUAUUCUUAUGGAUCCUUUCCCCACGCUUGAUUAAGCUUAGUUAUCACGACACGGACUCGGACUUGACGUAUGAAUCUUGGAUAAGUUGCCCCUCUCGAUGUAUACUCCCCCACCAUGUCCUCCGCUCUUCCUCUCGCCCUAUCGUUCGCGUGCACAUCCUUUUAUACACACGCCAUCUCGAACUUUGUCAGCCUAUCCAUACUAGCUCAUAGACACUACUCAAGGCACGGAAAUCAUAUCGACUGUUAUUACUGUGUGCGUUUCUGUUUAGUGUCUGUACCCUUAGCCUGUGAUUUGUAUGGGUACUUAGUACCCUGGUACUCACGC